UUUUGGACGAGGGCGGGAAGUCAAAGCGAUCCGGGGAAGCCUGGCUGGCGUCACAAUGGGCAAGACUGCGUGGAGGGGAAUUCGAGAGGCCGGGUUGCCGCCAUUUUUUCCUAAAUUCUGAUUAUGUACCUUCUUGUAUCAGUCGUUAUCUACUCUAGUGGACUCUCGAGAGGCCGGUUCUGCCCUGUUGCUGCUCUGAUGCCUGCCCUCUGAUCCCUGGGCCGGGCUGGGUGGCCGCGUGUGACCAGACCCGCUAGGAGAGGCCAGUGUCCUGUUGCCCGCGCUGGUGGUUACCAUGGGGCCGCCCUUGGCUCCGCUCCCUCCUCGGGCCCGGUACCAGGCAGGGCCCAAGUGCUGGGAGCCCUGGGCCAUAACCUUCGCGGAUGUGGCCGUGUACUUCUCCCCGGAGGAGUGGGGGUGUCUGCAGCCUACGCAGAGGGCCUUGUACCGGGACGUGAUGCGAGACACUUACGUCCUCCUGAGCGCUCUCGGAGGAGGCGGAGGCGCCAAGCCAGCGCUGAUCUCCUGGGUGGAGCGAGAGUCCGAACUGUGGGAUUCAGAUGCCCAGGAUCCAGAGGUGCCCAAGUGGCCAACAGAAGCAGACAAAGAUUCUAGAAAUGAGAAAAAAGAAAAGGAAGCGACUGAAGCACGGGAGAAGACACUUUCUCUGGACUCUUGGCCUCCUGGGCUGAAGGGCCCCCAGGCCUCCUCUGUUGGCCUCCUGCUUGGCAUGGAGCGGCCCUCCAAAGUGCAUCCCCGGGGCCGCCCUCCUCUCCGAGCCCACCCUGCUGUCCUUCGAGCAGACCAGCGUCAUGCCUGCUAUGUGUGUGGAAAGAGUUUUGCCUGGCGCUCCACACUGGUAGAGCAUCUCUACACACAUACAGGCGAGAAGCCUUUCCAGUGCCCUGACUGCGGCAAGGGCUUUGGCCGAGCUUCUUCCCUGAGCAAGCACCGGGCCAUCCACCGAGGGGAGCGGCCCCACAGCUGCCCUGAUUGUGGCCGGGCCUUCACACAGCGCUCGGCUCUCACCACUCACCUGCGGGUCCACACUGGCGAGAAGCCUUACCGCUGUGCUGACUGUGGCCGCUGCUUUAGCCAGAGCUCUGCCCUCCACCAGCACCAACGUGUACACAGCGGCAAGACCCCCUUCCCCUGUGUAGACUGCGGCCGUGCCUUCGCCCACGCCUCAGACCUGCGGCGCCACGUCCGCACCCACACGGGCGAGAAACCCUACCCGUGCCCAGACUGCGGGCGCUGCUUCCGGCAGAGCUCAGAAAUGGUCGCCCACAGGAGAACCCACAGUGGCGAGCGCCCCUAUCCCUGUCCUCAGUGUGGCAGGUGCUUUGGCCAGAAGUCAGCCAUGGCCAAGCACCAGUGGGUCCAUCGCCCAAGAGUUGGGGGCCCCAGGGGUGGGGGUGCCAGUGGACUCCCUAUACCACUGGCCCCUGGCCCAGGGGACCUGGACCCACCUGUGGGCUUCCAGCACUACCCAGAGAUUUUCCAGGAGUGUGGGAGACAACCUCUGAAGUGAUAAGAGGCCCCCAGGUGGGCUAGGCUUGCCUCUGGGACAGCUGUGGGGAAAGCCGCAGUCUGGUGAGGGCUGGACUGGGGACUGGGGCACCUCGCAGGCCCUCACCAUCUCUGUUUGCUGAUACUUUGCUCCCUGCUGCCCCAGACUAGACUAGAAGAGCUCCCUACUACGGGGCAGGGCCACGGUGAGAACGCCACUAGACCAUGAUGAGGACUUUGUUGACUCUGCAUUUUUUUUUUCCCCUCUUUUGGUGUUGGGAUCAAACCCAGAGCUUAGGUUCGCUAAGAAACCACUGGGUUAUGUUACCACUGGGUCACAUCCCCAGCCCCCCUUCACCCCUCCCUUUUUGGAGGUACUGGAGAGAGAACUUGGGUUCUUCACACUGAACUACAUCCCCAGCCUAUUUAUUUUAUUUUUAUUUUGAGACAAGUCUCACUAUUUAGUUAAGUUGCCUAGGCUGGACUUGAACUUGUGAGCCUACUGCCUAAGCUUCUCAGAGUGCAGGGAUUUCAAGCAUGUGCCACCAGGCCCAGCCACCCAGCCCUUCUAAAAUUUAUUUUGAGAGCCUGAUAUGGUGGCAUACAAUUUUUAAUCCCAACACUUGGGAGGUUGAGGCAGAAGAAUUGCCAUGAAUUCAAGGUCAGCCUGCAAUAC